CCCCAACCAAUUCCAUGGUUGUAUGACAAACAAACACUUCCCCGUCCCUCGGGUUCUUUCGGCCCACUAAAACAGACGCACCACAUCCGGUCCGGCUUCCAGAUCUGUCCGCCGUCGGCACGACUCGUGUGAAGCCGUGAUUGAAUGUGACGUUACUCGCAUUGACCCGCGAUACAUGUCGAGUCAAGCGAAGAAGCGCUGCACUGACAACAUGACGGUUAAAAAGAUCGGAACCCACAACGGCAGCUUCCACUGUGAUGAAGUUCUGGCCUGUUUCUUCCUCCGGCAGCUACCUGAGUACAAGGAUGCUGAGAUCAUCCGGACCAGGGACCCGGCAAAGCUGGCAGAGUGCGACAUCGUUGUAGACGUGGGAGGAGAGUUUGACCCAAAGAAGCAUCGCUAUGACCACCAUCAGAGAACCUUUGCAGAGAGUUUCCACAGCCUCUUUCCAGAGAAGCCAUGGGUGACCAAGCUCAGCUCAGCCGGCCUGGUCUACGUACACUUCGGACGUCAGCUGCUGGCCCGGCUGACGCAGUUGAAGGAGGACGACAGGGAGCUGGAGGUGCUCUUUGACAAGCUGUACGAGAGCUUCGUGGAGGAGGUGGAUGCUGUAGACAACGGCAUCUCACAGUAUGACGGGGAGGCCCGCUACUCCGUUUCCUCCACGCUGAGCGCACGUGUCAGCCACCUGAACCCACGUUGGAACAGCAAGAACCAGGACACUGAGGAGGGUUUCAGAAAGGCGAUGAAGAUGGUUGGGGAGGAGUUCCUGGACUGGCUGGACUUCUACCAGACCUCAUGGCUGCCGGCUCGUGUGGUGGUGGAGGAAGCUGUGAAGUCGAGGCAUCAGGUAGAUCCCAGUGGGGAGGUGCUGUCGUUCACCCAGGGUGGGUGUCCCUGGAAGGAGCAUCUGUUUUCCCUGGAGGAGGAGCUCAAAGUGGAGACGCCCAUCAAGUUUGUCCUUUACCCCGACCAGAAUGGCCACUGGAGGGUCCAGUGCGUCCCUGCAGGGCUCAACACCUUCCAGAACAGGCUGUCCCUGCUAGAAGAGUGGCGCGGCGUACGCGAUGAAGCGCUGUCGGAGCUCAGCGGGAUUAAGGACUGCAUCUUCGUCCACGCCGGAGGCUUUAUUGGCGGGAACAAGACCCAGGAAGGAGCCCUGGAGAUGGCCCGAAGGACCCUGCAGGCCGCCGCCCGGUCCAAUGCAAACGGAAGCAGCUGAAGGGUCAGAGACGAGAACCAACGGCACAUUGUGUUCUGGAGUUCAGUCAGUUCAGGGUGGAUGGCAAGGAUUAAAAUGUUAGUUUGCAGCUUGUUUGGCCCCAGCCAGGGCUAAUGUUGUUUUGUUCUGCUUUGCCAGAACAGAGACGUAUGGAAACGGCAGCCAAGUAACCUUGGACCAGUUCCCUAAAUACCUACGUCCAGCACAGACUGUUGACUCAUGUUUUUUUUAUUCUUCUCUCUGCCUGUUCUUAUAAAUAUCCAUCUGUUUUGUGCUUCAUUUGCAUAAACCACUGUUUGGAUAAUAGUCUGGUCUCUUGUAAACAUGUCAGUAUUCGGUUAAAUCCAAUAAUAAAUUGAUUGUUUUUCCA